AUGUUACUUGUCAUCACUUCUUAUCCUGCUUCCUUCUUUAUCGUAAUCUUUGGUCCUUCAAGGGUUUCACACAAGGCUGAUUCACUGGUGUAUGUAUGUACUCACAUUGAGUCACUGGUGUAUGUAUGUACUCACAUUGAGUCACUGGUGUAUGUAUGUACUCACAUUGAGUCACUGGUGUAUGUAUGUACUCACAUUGAGUCAAUGGUGUAUGUAUGUACUCACAUUGAGUCACUGGUGUAUGUAUGUACUCACAUUGACAACAAGACUGGUGUAUGUAUGUACUCACAUUGA